UGCUCUCUCAUUCCCACCUCUUGCCGAUCUUGUUGCCAGGAGAUGAGAGAAGUCAGGACCCACCCUACUGCUCCAGCUGCAGCCCAGGGGCCCCAGGGAGACACCAAUGGACAGGCCCCGGAGGCAGGCCCGCCCUCCCUGGGCUGCGGACUCGGGCCGCUCCCCGCACUCGGAGUUUCGCACGGCGAUAAGCAGCGCUCGCCGCCCGGGCGUGGUCACCCCGCCUUCCCCGCAGAGCCCGCGCCCCGCAGCCGGUCCACGGGGGACGCCCCCUCUCCGAGUCCUCGCCUUCGAAUUCCUCGGGGCCGUCCCUCUGCGGUCCUUGGGCUUCCCUCGGAGCCGAGCUGUCGGGGGCUCUCCAGGAGGGCGGGCGGCUGGGGCCGGGGCGGAGCGCCGCGUGCCGCGAGGGCCGGAGGGGAGGGAGCUCCCGGAGGGCGCCGCACCUGAGAGCGCCGUGUCCCCGGGGGAGGGCCGGGUCUCAGUGGGUGGGGGGCCUCCCGGCGCGCCGCUGUGCAGCUAUUUACGCUUUGGAAGGGACCGGGCCCCUCCCCGGCUCGUGCAGGUGCCGGCGGGCUGGGCCGGGUGCGCCUUCCCGCUCCUGGGGAGCCCCACCCCUUCGGUGUGUCCCCAGGGAUCCCUGCGCCCCUCGGGCCCCGCUGGGCCGUCGGCUGUACCCGGUCCUGCUCGGAGGCGGGGCGGGUCGCAUGACCUUCCUCGGCCGUUUGGCCUGGAACCGAGGUCCCGGGGUCCAAGUCCCAGACUCGGGGCGGGGCGCGAGGGGCGGGCCUCAAAGGGGCGGGGACCCGGGGUCCCUGAAAGGCGCGCCCUCGGUGGGAGCGACCCAGUCCUCGCUCACGUCUGCUUCUGCGCGGCUGUCUGCAAGGACCCGGCGCCGCCAUGCCCAAGUGCCCCAAGUGCGACAAGGAGGUGUACUUCGAGCAGUGUCCCACAGGGGGCUUCUCUGUGCCUGUGUAGCUGAGCGGGUGACCUCCCUGGGGAAGGACUGGCAUCGGCCCUGCCUGAAGUGUGAGAAGUGUGGAAAGACAUUGACCUCGGGGGGCCACUCUGAG